AAAUCGAGUAGUGUGGUCCUGAGACUGUUUCUCUCCGUUUUAAAUAAAUUGCUGUCUCUAUGGUUCUUCGAUUGAAUCAGUAUAUAUUGGAGGAACAUGGAGUUCAAAAGGGGAUAUUUGGUGAUUGGUCACAUCUUGAUGUGAGACAUCAUGGAAAUAUGCCGUAAAUUCCUAUUUACAGGGCUGUGUGUGCUGUGAAGUAUUGUCUUUGUUAUUCUUUCUGCAUUUGUUCCUUUCUGCACAUUAAUCUAGGGGAAUUUGUUCUUUACUUGAUUGGCUCGAUGGCUCUUCACCUUUAAUUCUCAUUUGCCCCUUCAUUCUAUUGUACUAAUUGCCCAACCUUUUUGUAUCUCUUUAGAGCUUCAACUUCUUUUGGGGUGUGUGUUUGAAUUGUUACAUUGUGUUAACGACUGGCCUCUUCAAGAAACAUAGGAGUAUCUGCAAAGAGACUGCUCAAUGGUUUGCAACUAUUCAGGAGCAGGUCAGAUGGAUCAAAGAUAAGUCUUGCUCAUCCAACAGAUUGUUUCAGAGCAUGAAAGUACUCAGUGCAUAAGACCGGUCCAUCCAAAUGGAGUCAAGAAAUGAUCCACCUAAUUUGGUUGCUAAAUUAAUGGGACUUGAAGCCCUUCCCAAACAGAAGCCCGGCUCAGUUGUUCCAAGAAACCAUUCUGGAGGUUAUCCUCGAAAUAGUUCGGAUGUCUCUAUGAGUUACUGGAAACAACAGGAUGAAUUCUCUCACUACCUUAAUCCAAAUGAACACAAAGCUACUCUUGAAAUUCGGCAGCAACCGCAGAGAUCAAGUCACGUGGCAAGAUCUAAGAAGACAACAGAUGACAGAAAGAUGGGUCUUGUUCGUCAGAAUUUUAUUGAAGCAAAACGCCUUUCUGUGAAUGAAAGACAUCGUCAAUCUAAGAAAUUCCAAGAUGCACUAGAAGUUCUGAGUUCCAAUAAAGACUUAUUCCUUAAAUGUCUGCAAGAACCACAUUCAGUGACCUCUGAGAAUCUUUACAGUCGGCAGUCUGCUUCCAGUCAUCCAGAGACAAAACGGAUCACUAUUCUUAGACCUACAAAGAGGAUAGAGAACAAUGACUCUGUGGAGACUGGGAUUAGAGAUACAAAGAAAAUAAAGAAAGGGGCCUCUCCUCAGCAGAAUGGACUGGAGAAAGUUCAACCAGGAAGUUCCUCUCCUGAAGGUCUUAAUUGUUACAAAAAUCCCUCUCUACCGACAAAAAUUGUAGUUUUAAAACCUACACGUAAGAAAGCAUGUAAUGAUAUGACUGUGGCUUCUCCACAUUCAGAACAACCAAUGUUGCUGCAAAGGGAAGACUUCUUUAGGCAUAUUGAAGAGGGCGAGGGUCAAGAAUCAAGAGAUGUAGCAAAAGGAAUCGCUCUGCAUGCCAAAUUUGGCCAGCAUCACAAAAAUGGAGACUUGAUUUCGUCUGUAUUAUUGAAUGACUACAUAGGAGAUGAUAGCUCAUUUAAUAAAUUAGAACUUGGUUACGUCGGUGAUAAUCUCUGUCAUUCAGAGGCCAUAUCAUCUGUAUCUAAUCUUUCUGGGGAUUAUGUUGAUAUGCUUAGCCCUUACUCUACCUGUACUUCAUCUCGGCCAUCUUAUUCUCCAGAAUCAUCAGUUACCAGAGAAGCGAAGAAACGUCUUUCUGAAAGAUGGGCCAUGAUGCCACCUAAUGAGAUUGGUCAAGAACAAAAACAAUAUCAGAGAAGCUCCAGCACUUUAGGUGAAAUGCUCGCUUUAACUGAGACAAAGCCAUUGUAUUCUCAUGGCGAAGAAGGCAGUUCAAGCCAGGAAUCUGGGGACUUUGAUUUUCUCUUCGUUAAUCAAUGGAGAAGAGAUGGAGAAAUGGAUAAUCCACCAAGAAAUCUGAUGAGGUCAAAAUCUGUUCCAGUAUCUGGUUGGAUUGGAACAGGGUUGAAUAUUGGCAGUUCAGUUUCAAGAGAGGAGAAAUCAGAAUCUUAUAAGGAGGAUGGAAAAGUAAGUUAUGCUAAAUCAUCACUCAAAGGAAAAGUUUCAGGUUUGUUUCUCUCGACGGAGGCCAAAAAAGCCAAUAAAGAAACGUCUGUAGUGUCCCAUACCAAAGAUGGCUUUUACUUGCAUCCUGGAGACAUUGAUAGGACUGUAGGUCUUAAUGACAAAGGGUCCAUUCAUGCUUUUUCCCCGUUGGAACCAUCAAGAACAGCGCCGUCCUCUGAAUCCAUUUGCACAAAGAUGAUGUCUCCUGAGAAUGGAUUGGUCACAGAGAAACUCAGGGCAUCUCGAAGCCUAAGCAAAAAUCUUGACCAGCCUAGCCCGAUAUCUGUCUUAGGUCCAUCAUUUGAGGAGGAGUAUAUACAAAAGUCAGCUUCUUAUUAUGCUAAGCCUGAACAACAAGGAGUGGAGUCCCCCCGUUUAUCUAUAGGAUCACGUAUGAUUGACAAAUCGCCACCUAUCGGGUCCAUUGCACGAAGUCCUUGUUCGAAUGACCCCUUUGUAAAUGCAGGCUCUUCUCACCCCUCCAAGAAAUUAACCACCAAAGAAACAGAUGAAGAAGAACGAAACGGCCUUUUCUUUAUCAAGGGAUUAUUAGCUGAGGCUGGUCGCCAAUAUGAGGCCCGUCCUACCUCGUAUGUGACAAGAUGUCACUCACUUCAGAGCCCAUUGGACCCAUCUUUUAGAGGCCAGAGUAUUAACUCUCAAGAUGACAAGAAUCUGCCGGAUGGCACGCUAAGGCAGAAGCAAGCAGUUCAACAACUCGUGCAUGAUUGUGUAAAUGCAGCAUUAGUAAAUGCAGGAUAUGACUCACACCUGGGCCAAAGACUCCAUACAUCCACUAUACCCAACUUGAUCGGGGAGAAGGUACUAGGCAAUGGUUGGAUCAAUCAUUUUGGGUUGGAGAUGGAUGAUUUAUGCAGGAAAAUCGAAGGGAGGCUGCUAGAAGAGCUAAUGCAGGAAUUGGUGGUUGAAUUGGCAUGUAGAAUGUAACAAGUCUUCAUUCAUUUAGUUAACAGCUUGUACUCUGCUAUAGCUUAAAGACUCUGACCAUUCUUGUACUAUGCUUUGACUCCAUAUAUUGAUCAUAGCUGUUACAGGGCA